UGUUUAUAUACCGUCACGGCAAGACGUGACGGUAAUAUAGCGAAAAAAUAGCGAGCAAUAGCAAGCGCAAAUUGUUUAUUAUGUUCAAUAUAUUUUCUUAUAGAUUUGACAUAAUUGUCUGUGAAAUAUUGUUUUAUUAAAUAAUGGAACAAUCCAUUAAAAGAACAUCUGAUGAAGAAGAGCCAAAAAUUCUCGAACCAGUUCUAAUACGGACCGAUAAUAAAAAUCGCAUACACAUUGAUAAAAAUGGGUUUAAAAUUGGUCGUGCAAGAGACAAUGAUGAGAUUAUAUUGGAUGUUAUGAUAUCUAGAAGACAUUGCAUCUUUAUAUGUGAUCAAAAUGAAUGGAUGAUUCAAGAUUUAAGUUCAUCUGCAACAUUUGUUAAUAAUAUUGCCAUCUGUGAAAAAAUACAAAAUAUAUAUCCUGGUGAUAUUAUACAAUUUAGUCCUAAUGAAACAUUCAAGUAUAUAUUUACCCUUGCCGAAAGAGAUCAUUGUAUUAAAAGACCACGUAUAGAUGAAAAAAUACUUGAUACUGUUCUUAUCAAGCAAAAAACAUUUGCUGAAAAUCAAGAAUGUCAGAGAAAAGAACUAAAAGAUAAGCUUGAAAUAAAACAAAAGGAGCAAGUUGAAUUAAAACAGCAACUCGAAGAUCUGUUAUCACAACAGACUGUUAUUCAAGAUGAUAAAGAGAGUUUAUUAAGGCAAAUUGAAGUACUAGAAAGUAAAAUAAAGACAGGUAAUGCUCAAGAACAACAUUUGCAAAGCAUGUAUUCCAAAUUAUUAGAAAAAUUAGAGAAUGAAAGGCAGCAAUUUGAGACAAGGAUAAAUGAAGAGAAGCAAAAAUGGCAAGAAGCACUAGAUAUGAGUAAGCAAGAGAAAGAAAUGCUAGAAAUAAAAAUGAAAGAACAAAUGGAAAAAUGGAGAGAAGAACAACAAACAGAAUGGAGAAUUAUGAUGGAUAAUAAAGUAAAAGAAGAAAAAAAUAUUCAAGCUCAAUUACUGAAUGAAAAAAAUGUAUUAGAAAAGAGAUUGAAGGAAACAGAAAAAGCUUUAAAAGAACAAGAAGCAAAGGCGCAAACUUCACAGGCAUUGUUAAAUGCAAACAUAGUAACUAAUGAAGCAAAUACAGCAGAUAACUGUAUACUUGUAGAAUUGGUUGAUGUUGAUCAAUCUUCAGGAUUACAUAUAUUGGACACAAUAGAUUUAACUGGAUUAAGUCAAAAUAUUAUAGAGACUAAUACUAAGGAAAGUGUUCUUGGAAAAGUGAGUGACAUAAUGGAUGAACAAUUGACAUGUAGCAUAUGCUCAGAAUUGUUUGUGAGAGCAACAACAUUAAAUUGCACACAUACAUUUUGUCAUCAUUGUAUAUGUAUGUGGAAUAAAAAACGAAGAGAUUGUCCUGUUUGUAGAAAGUCAAUAAUAUCAAUGAAUAGAUCAUUAGUUUUAGAUAAUUUUAUUGAGAGUAUGAUUGAAAACUUGCCUACAGAACUUAAAGACAGAAGAAGAGAGAUUAUUGAAGAAAGGAAAGUAUUAGAAAGGAAGAAACGCUAUUGAAACACUAUUGGACAAAGCUUAUGAAAAGACAGGUUACAGUAUUUUAGUAUACAUAUGUUAGUUCUAUAUCAUAAAGAAAAUAAUUUCAUUUGUCAUAAUUUGUCAUAAUUAAUUAACGAUCUAAUAAGCUACCAAAUAUUUGUAUAGUUCUGCUCUUUGUCAAUUAUAUAUGCUUAGAAAAACAUUCAAGUUUUAUUUUUAUAAAAAAAACUAGAAAUAUCUUUUUAUAUUCUGUCAUUUUAUUAAUUUUUACAUCAUUGCUACAUGAUGGCUAUAAGAUGUGUAAAUGUAUGAUUAAAUCUUUUUAUAAAACUUGUAUGUGUAAUAUAUUCAUAUUCCUCAAGUAUAUAUAA